AUGGGUUGGAACGAGGUAACCGGGUCGGGGCAGCAAGCUGGGCCGAGAGGAGGAGAAGCGGGUCCCAGUAGCAGCGACCCUGGCGCGGCGCGGCGGUUCCCACUGGCGGCUCAGCCGGAGAUCAUGAGAGCAGCCGAAAAGGACGACCAGUACGCCUCCUUCGUCUACGACGCUUGCCGCGAUGCCGUCCGCCACCUCUUGGGUACAAGAACUGCUGUAGCUUACCAGAACGAGACAAAGCUUCUUGGGCAAGUGCUUUAUUACGUUUUGACAACAGGGUCAGGCCAGCAAACUCUUGGGGAAGAGUACUGCGACAUCACUCAGGUUGCAGGGCCUUAUGGGCUGCCUCCAACCCCAGCAAGGCGAGCACUUUUCAUUGUGUACCAGACGGCACUUCCUUAUAUUGCAGAACGAAUUAGUUCUAGAGCUGCUAACCGUGGCAUAGUACUUGCUGAUUCCGAUGAGCUCUAUGGCAAUAAUGCUUCAUUGAGCAAUGAUGUUCAGUCUUCUUCAGUCACCCCUACUUCAACUGCCUCUACAUCAGGGGCGUCUGCUUCAGCUAUCAGAAGAUUAAAAGAGAAAUUCAACGGAUUAUGGCUUUCUUUAGUUCGCAGAUGGCCUACGGUGCUGCCUAUAGCUCGUGAAUUUUUGCAAUUGGUUAUUCGUGCUAACCUCAUGUUCUUUUACUUUGAAGGCCUCUAUUAUCAUAUAUCAAAACGUACAGCAGGCAUUCGUUAUGUGUUCAUUGGAAAACCAUCCAACCAAAGGCCUAGAUACCAAAUUCUGGGCGUAUUCCUGUUGAUUCAGCUCUGUAUUAUAGCUGCUGAAGGACUGAGGCGGAGUAAUUUAUCUUCUAUCGCAGGUUCAGCUCAUCAGACUUUUGGUACACAUCAAACUUCUGGAGGUCGAGAUUUGCCUGUGUUAAAUGAGGAAGGUCAUUUGAUAUCAGCAGACGCUGCCAAGGGAAGUUGGGUCUCUGAUUCAUCGACUUCAGAGUGUGACUGUGUGAAUGGGUCGAUCCAGCAAAAGUGUCACUCGCCUAUUUGUACAUCCAAGUGGAUGUGA